CUCAUGGUUCAUGGUGCCUCGAUCUGGUUGAAGCGAGCCUCCAUAGUCGCCAAACGAUCGUCAGACGACGCAGCUGAUGAAGAACCGGCACCAGAGGGACAUGGGAACAAUUGUAGCAGGUUGGGAUCAGGGUGAUGUGAUGGAGCCCGACACCGGCAGCAGCCUCGGCCUUUGUCGCCUUUGCAAAAUCGGCAAGGCGCAGGCCCUCGAGCCAACGGAUCAACGGGUCCAUCCUAAUAACCUAAUUCAUCCCCAUGGAGUACAAGGUCUCAUCGGGGAAGUCUAUGUUGCGCCCAACCCAGGUAAACCCGUCUAGAGGCACUUCGAAGUACUGGGCCAAUCGAGUGAUGUAGGGGCCCCCGUUUAGUGUGAGCACCUUCGAGUGAUUCUUCACCCAAGAGAAGGAGAUCGCACGACUGAGCCGAGUUUGAUGUGGUCGAGAGCUUGGGACAUGGUGAGAAGAGCGUACAUGUGCCUCUUGGUCACCUGACCAGAGGACUCCUGAUUGGGGAUGGCGGAGUGAGCAAGCAACACCUGGAAGAACCGCCACGGGUCUAAACUGACUAGUCCGAGUUCGGCUGUUUGCAUAGGGAACCGCGGCGUGUUGCUACAGGCAGAUCCACUAGCCAAGUGAAACCAAUGAAAGUGACUGUAAUAUAGUCGCACAAGUAAUAAAUAUCGAAUCAACGG